CAGGCGCUUCUUUCGUUUCAUCAUUUUGACUGGAUAUCAGGGAAUGUUUGUGUGUAUUCACGCGUUUCAACAACCAACAUGAAAGAUAAUCUAAGCCUAUCUAAAGAGAAUAACUCCUCUCAAGUUUCCGAACCAAUUGAGUCAGAAAAGGACUCGUCACCAACAGUCGACGUCAAUGUUCGUGACGGCAAAAUCGACGAGACUGGACCACGAGCAUGUCUCGUGAUCGUGUCCCUCUUCACUAUCGGAUUGCUGGAAUUUGGCAUCAUCAAAGGUUUUGGCGUCCUGGUCGAUGAACUCGUAUUCCAAUUUGAAACUGAGAUUGCUACUAUUGGCUUCAUACUUGGUCUCUCUAAUGGUAUAUCCUACCUGUUAGCUCCUUUCACGGCACCAUUAUCAAAUCGACAGGCGAUAAUUAGACCAAUGAUGAUGUUUGGAAGUGCCGUCAUGGGCAUUGCAAUCUCUCUUGCUUCCCUUGCUUCUGGUGUAGUUGGGUUUUCUAUCGCCAUGUUUACUUCAGGGGCUGGAUUUGCUUUGGUCUCGCUACCUUCUAUAGUUGUCUGCAAUCGUUAUUUUACCAAACACUUCGGGGUUGUCGUAGGGAUCACUGAAAGCGGUUCUGCCCUGAGUCUGGUCUUUCCCCUGAUGACUAAAAUGUUACUGGAUGCUACUGGUUUGAAGGGAACCAUCCUUUUACUAGGAGGGUUGUCUUUGAACAUGGUUGUUUGUACGACUCUCCUUCGUGACCCAAGGACCCUGAGGAAGAAUGGACGUCGUGAUAAGACAGUAGGCCAACCGAGGGGAACAACCUGUGCAAACGACGCCGACGACCGUGACGCCGAAAACGAGUGUCAGUUGGACAUGCUGAGUGACAGCCUGAGUUCCGACGAGGAUGAGAAAGAACAGCGCUCGUCUGAAUGCGGAUGUCUUCAAGAAGACUCAACAUUACUCUAUCAACAGAAAAUUACUCACGGUCGUGCAGGGAAUGAUGGAGAGUUAAUACAAAGUAAGGUACCUAUGCAACUGACCUCUGCAAGGAUUGUUAAUGGACGGAUCGAUUCGUUUCAAUUUGAAUCACAAAAUUAUGUAAGAACCGAGCGAACGUUCACUGAAAUUCUAAUAAGUCCGUUCCAGUGGCUUUGGCGUUUCCUUGACUUCUCCCUUUGUCGCGACGAACCAUUCCUGAAUUUCAUCUAUCUAUCCACCUUCCUUUUUGCGAUGGUUCAUUCCGCCUGGUACAUAUUCUUUGUUGCUCAUGCCUUGGCCAAAGGGAUAACACUUUCGAAUGCCGUUCUGAUCAAUCUAGUCAGUGGGAUUGGUGAAGGGAUUGGUGCUUUCAUACAAGGACCCGUUACAGAUAGAGGAUGGAUGACGCCACGGGGAAUGUUCAUGAUGUUCUCUUUAAUAAACAGUGUUGUUUUAUUCCUUGACCCACUAUUAUCAAAUACUAUGCUUCUGACAAUAGCGGGAUUCACCAACGGCCUUUUCCUUGGCGGCAGCUUAACAUUAACGUCAGUUAUGCUUAAGGAUACCGUAUCCGAAGAUCGAUUUUCGACAUCCUACGGCUUGAGUAGUCUGACAUAUGGGCUUGCAGGACCUACUGGUGGUCUUGUUGCAGGAUGGAUAGCAUCAGUAGCUGGUUAUGAAAUGACAUUUGUUUUUCUUGGAGGGUUGAAUGUUGCUGCUCUACUAACAAUGAUUCCUGCUUAUUACCACUACGACACCAAGCCUAAACACCGAGAAAGAGGAGAUCAAAAUGACGAAAGAGAUACACCAAUCUAACACCUUCCAUGUUCUUACAAUAUUAUGUACAACGAUUCCAGCUUAUAACCACUAUAUGGCACCAAUCUGAAACACCGAGGAGAUCAAAUGAUGACAGAGAAACACCAAUCUACACACUAAGAAAUUCGGGUUCAAUUUUACGGUUACACUUCGUAAUUCCGAAGGUUCGUAAUUCCGAAACACGUAAAUUGCCUAUACCUCGAUGUUCGUUAAUCCGAAAACGUAAAAGGGUUCGUUAAUCCGAACAUUUGUGGCGUUAUUCCAAAGGUUCGUUGUUCCGAAGGUUCGAUAAUACGAAAACGAAAUAAGGUUCGAUGUUCCGAAGGUUCGUUAGUCCGAAAACGAAAUAAUGUUCGUUGUUCCAAAGGUGCGUUAAUCCGAAAACGAAAUAAGGUUUGUUGUUCCGAAGGUUCGUUAGUCCGAAAACGAAAUAAGGUUCGUUAAUCAUUACGUUUUCGGACUAACGAACCUUCGGAAUUACGAACCUUAUUUCGUUUUCGGAUUAACGAAUCUUCGGAUUUACGAACCUCAUUUCGUUUUCGGAUUGACGAACCUUCGGAAUUACGAACCUUAUUUCGUUUUCGGAUUCUUCGCAAUUACGAAUCUUCGGAAUUACGAACCUUCGGAAAUACGAUCCUUCGGAAUAACCGAACCGUCGGAAUAACGAAGCUUCGGAAUUACGAAUGUAUGCGAAUUUGGUACCCCUAGGGGUGCACAGGCUUGUCCCUAUAUACGAGUACCCCUAGGGGUGCACACGUACACCCCGAAUAGGGGUGUACAGUGUGCAGUGUGCACCCCUAUUUGGGGUUUCCAUCUGCACCUCAGACGGUGUACACGUACGUCUACCCCUGAGGGUGCAUAAUGUACCCCACCUAAAAUAACAAAAAGAUUGUCGAGAUUUUCGGCCCAUUUACUUUCUGUAUCGAUUUUUUAGUUACCUUGGUUGAGACUCGAACUCGCCUCGUUGUGUCUGUAGUCAAGAUUCUUCCCGCUAUGCCAACGAGAAUCGCUGAAUCCGGAGGAGGUCUCCAGGGAUAUGAUCCGCUUCCUUUUUGACUUGUGCUGAUAGUUGUGAUUCAAGUAGCUCUAUUUACUGUUUCUCCAAAUGUAUACGUAAUCAAAUGGGUUUUGAAACAAAUAAAUAUUAAAUAUU